UUUCCGCGAUUCGUUUGCUUUUAAAUUCAAUUCUACAUACGUACUGAGGUGUGGAGAAGAGCUUCGACUCUAGUGGUUAUCCAUUUUUUCUAAUCACACUACAGCUGUGCGCCUGCACAGCCAAUGUGCCGCCUGACCGUCAUAAGGGAAACAUGGAUAAACGAUUUGAUUAUGCUAAGUCCCUGCUACCGCGCACCAUUCACACCAGCCACACAAACCUAUUCAACGUGGGGAAGCUAAAUCAAAAUCGAGAGCCUGAUGGAAGUGUGUGUGUGUGUGUGUAUGUGUGUAGCGGCAAAAUGAAGGCCGUUUGCAUAUGCAAGGAAUGAUAUAAACUAGAACUUACAAGCACCAAACCAAGUGUAAUUCGUGUAGUGAGGAGAGUGAUGGUCAAUAGGGUGAAUGCCAAACUGCCCCGUACACACUGAACGGAGCCAAUGGAUAGGAAUAGGAAGGAAAACUGGGAAAAAACUGUAUUAUAUAAAAAUAGUCGAACAUUGAAACACAACCUUCUUCUCCCCCGUCGGUAUUUGCAAAACUUCAAACAUUGCACCCUCCCCGGAACGCGCACCAUCGUUACUGCUCGGCCAUUAGGGGAGCAGGAUCGUUUGUUAACGUUUUUCUGUUGAUGCCUUGCUCGGUUAAGGUUUGCUCUGUUCGUUAGCUAGUUGACCAGUGCAUACAUAUAUUGUGUUUACGAUGCUCCAUUUUGUUACGCUGGCAAGAUCGGUUCCAGCCUGCAACCUCCUCUGCUGAUUGAUACCUGUUAGAUUACUGUCUUAUUGGCUAGUUUUUUGGCUUUCGGCUUCUCCUGUGCUCUCUCGGUUUGGGGCCGACAACUCUUGAACUUGAUAAGUGUAUUUCUAAGCUGUUGUAUAGGUAAUGUUGUAAUGGAGUGACGCUAAAGCUGUAGUGAAGCUCAUAGCGAGAAGAGAGAGAGAGAGAGAGAGAGAGAGAGAGAGAGAGAGAGAGAGAGAGAGAGAGAGAGAGAGAGAGAGCGAGAGA